ACAGGCUAGAGAGGGAGAGGGAGAGAGAGAGGUGGGGGGAGAGAGAGAGAGAGAGAGAGAGAGAGAAAACAGUGACUGUAAACUACUCGUGGCUCUACAACUGAAAAUAACGGAUUAUUUACCGCCGUAUACCCCCGGUAAAGUCAACACUAACCGCUCGGACGUCCCCUGGAACCGGUCAACAUAUUUCCCGGAUUGCCUACUACACAGUACAAGUUGGAUUUGGCUGCGAACUUUUGCCGAAGGAGCAGUCUUCUCACCCUCACGAGGGACUCUAUUGAGUGAAAUAACCCAAAUCUUCUCCUGAGCGACCGUCGCUUGACUCUUCCACGGCAACUGUGUAACUAUGGAGUGCAGGCAUGGGGCAGAAAUUGGGCAAAAAAACAGUAUGCUGUCAUCAGAGAGGGGCCACUGAGGAGUAAUUUAGAAGUGGAGAGAAAAAGAAGAGGAGGGAAGUUUGUGUAUGAAACUAGCUCUACACGUCCGGGGAUCUUUCUUCACUUGUGCAACUGUGGAUAACGAGGAAAAGAAACUAAAGAAAAGAUUAAGAAGACAAGACUUAACAAAGAAGAAGCUCUCAGAAGGAUGGGAUUUUCUUUACGUUGUCCCUGUGUUUUCAGUCGCAUCUUUACACUCCAGACAAAGAGCCAACAGACCAGAAAAUUGGCCUGUUUAAGGAUUACUGUUGUUGCCCCUCUGGAAGUAACUGUUGGCUAACGAAGCUGUUGACAAAAGUUGGAGACAAAGAUUCCUGCCUUCGGAGACGGAGUGUGUGUGUGUGUGUGUGUGUGUGUGUGUGUGUGUGUGUGUGUGUGUGUGUGUGUGUGUGUGUGUGUGUGUGUGUGUGUGUGUGUGUGUGUGUGUGUGUGUGUGUGUGUGUGUGUGUGUGUGUGUGUGUGUGUGUGUGUGUGUGUGUGUGUGUGUGUGUGUGUGUUUUGAUUAUGUGAGCGUGUUCUUGCAGUUGUGUCAGGACCUUGGUGUGUGUGCGCAUGUAUUUAUUUACGUAACUUCUGCACAUGAGAAGUUCAGUGUGCGUGAUGCGGGGCUGUGAGGCUGCUAGCUGUCACUCUGUCCUCGGCGCAGGCAGACACAGGGAGGGACAGACAUGUGUUUCCAUGGCGAUGAGCGGAUGUAGCCCCUUCCCCAUGUGUUGGGACAGAGAAUAUGACAGACACCUAGCAGCAGCAGUGUCAGCAGGGAAAACCAUGGCGACGGCCUACCUGGACCCCAACCUGAACCAUGCCCUCCUGGGAGGCGCCAAGUCACGGCUGAGCGCGGGGGGGUCAGACAGAACCAUGGCCGGCUCCGUGGACAGGGUUCUGAAAGUCUGCCAUCACUUUGAGACCAACACUGAACACAGCUGCUGGUCCUCCAAUAUCAGAUAUGGAGAUGCAACUGAUGUCAGGGGAAUCAUCCAGAAGAUUCUGGACAUCCAGAAAGUGCGCUGGACGUCUUGUUUUGGCUUACGUCUCAGCAACGUCCAAUCCAGAGACCAGGUGCACUGGCUUCACCCUGAUAUGGGUGUUUCCCACGUCAGAGAGAAAUAUGAACAGGCACGACCAAACGAGGAGUGGAGGUAUGAGUUAAGGAUCCGGUAUCUUCCAAAGGGCUUUGUGCAGCAGUUUACAGAAGACAAACCUACACUCAACUUCUUCUAUCACCAGGUGAAGAGUGACUACAUGACAGAGAUCGGGGAUCAGGUGGAACAAGAUGUAGCUCUCAAACUUGGCUGUCUAGAAAUCAGGAGGUUCUUCAAAGAGAUGAGAGGAAACGCCCUGGACAAGAAAUCCAACUAUGAACUACUUGAGAAAGACGUUGGUUUGAGGCGUUUUUUCCCAAAAGACCUGUUGGAUUCAGUCAAGGCUAAAACUCUUCGUAAGUUGAUUCAGCAGACAUUUAAGCAGGUAGCCAAUCUCAACGAUGAGCAGUGCAUCCUGAAGUUCUUGGAGAUACUUGCGGCAAUCUACCGCUACGACAAGGAGUGCUUCAAAUGUGCUCUCGGGUCCAGCUGGGUGAUCCAGGUGGAGUUAGCCAUCGGACCAGAGGAAGGGAUCAGCUACCUCACUGACAAGGGAUCCACGCCUACCCAUCUAGCUAACUUUAACCAAGUUCAGUCCAUCCAGUAUUCAGCUAUGGAGGAAAAGGACAGGAAAGGGAUGCUACAGCUCAAUGUAGCCGGAGCUGCUGAGCCUCUCACGGUUACAACAGCAUCACUGACCAUGGCAGAGAACUUGGCUGACUUGAUUGACGGUUACUGUCGGCUCGUCUCCAUGGAAACUCAUUCCUUCAUCGUCAGAGUUCAGAAAGAGGGAGAAAGAGCACUGCCAUCCAUCCCAAAAGUGUCCAAUAAUGAGAAAAAGCUAGAAGCAGUCAGGAGUGGAGUAAGGGCUAUCUCUGUCUCAGACAUAGUGACAUCGACCCCUCCUAAACCAACCAAGGCGCGGCGUUUCCUCCUCCCCUUUGUCUUCUGUUCAGAUUCGCCGCCCAAUGAAGAUCUUAGUGGGGAUGAGACUGAUGACUAUGCUGAGAUAGUUGAUGAAGAGGACACAUACACCAUGCCCUCCAUCAGCUAUGGAGUAGUUGAAGCGCGGGAUUAUGAGAUCCAGAGGGACAGGAUAGAGUUGGGCCGCUGCAUAGGAGAGGGUCAGUUUGGAGAUGUACACCAAGGAGUCUACAACAGCCCGGACAAACCAGCUCUAAAUGUUGCCAUUAAGACCUGCAAGAACUGUACAUCAGACAGCGUCAGAGAAAAGUUCCUACAAGAAGCAUUGACAAUGCGUCAGUUUGACCACCCACACAUUGUCAAGCUGAUCGGAGUGAUCACAGAAAACCCUGUGUGGAUCAUCAUGGAGCUCUGUACUCUUGGAGAGUUGCGUUCGUUCCUUCAGGUGAGGAAGUACAGUUUGGAUUUGGCCACUCUCAUUCUGUUUGCCUACCAGCUCAGCACAGCACUGGCAUAUCUGGAGAGUAAACGCUUUGUACACAGGGACAUCGCAGCUCGCAAUGUGUUGGUCUCUUCAGUCGACUGUGUGAUGCUCGGAGACUUUGGUCUGUCGCGAUACAUGGAGGACAGCUCUUACUACAAAGCUUCUAAAGGUAAACUUCCUAUCAAAUGGAUGGCUCCUGAAUCUAUCAACUUCAGAAGAUUCACUUCUGCCAGUGAUGUCUGGAUGUUUGGUGUGUGUAUGUGGGAGAUCUUAAUGUACGGCAUCAAGCCUUUCCAGGGGGUGAAGAACAAUGACGUGAUUGGCAGGAUAGAGAAUGGCGAGCGAUUGGCUAUGCCCCCUCAGUGCCCUCCCACCCUCUACAGUUUGAUGACCAAGUGUUGGUCAUACGACCCCAGCAAGCGACCGCGAUUCACCGAACUCAAAACACAACUCAGCACCAUACUGGAGGAAGAGAAGCUUCAGCAAGAGGAGAGACUUCGAAUGGAGAUGAGGAGACAAGUCACCGUGUCCUGGGACUCUGGAGGGUCUGAUGAAGCACCGCCAAAACCCAGUAGACCUGGUUACCCCAGUCCUCGUUCCAGUGAAGGCUUCUUCUCCAGCCCCCAACUCAACCACUUCCCGCCAUCAGCCCACGGUGGUGCAGGAGGAGUAGGAGGCAGCUACCCUCCUAAUGAUUCCUGGAAUCAACACAGACCUGAACACACUGCACUGUGGAGCCCUAACAUGGAGGAUAGUGGAUGCGUAGGCCACGCUAUGAUGGAGGAGAGGCUGAUGAUGCAGCAACAACAGAUGGAGGACGACCAGCGGUGGUUGGAGCAGGAGGAGAGCUUCAUGAAGACGGAGUCCAGAAACAGCAGAGGAAGCAUUGACAGAGAGGACGGCACACUACAAGCACCGGGUGGAAGCCAACAUAUCUACCAGCCUGUUGGGAAACCAGAACAUGUGGCUCCUCCUAAGAAACCGCCACGCCCCGGUGCUCCUGGUCACCUCGGCAACCUGGCAGGUCUCUGCCCCGUGGACAGCUACAACGAGGGUGUCAAGUUGCAGCCUCAGGAAAUCAGCCCACCCCCCACCGCCAACUUGGAUCGCUCUAACGACAAGGUGUAUGAGAAUGUGACAGGAUUGGUCAAAGCUGUGAUUGAGAUGUCCAAUAGGAUUCAGCCUGCAGCCCCAGAGGAGUACGUCCCAAUGGUCAAGGAGGUGGGUCUGGCACUGAGGACUCUGUUAGCGACAGUGGAUGAGACACUUCCUGUGCUGCCAGCCAGCACACACAGAGAGAUUGAGAUGGCUCAGAAGUUGCUGAAUUCAGAUCUGGCCGAGUUAAUAUCGAAGAUGAAACUGGCCCAACAGUAUGUCAUGACAAGUUUACAAAAGGACUACAAGAAACACAUGCUAAUGGCAGCUCACGCCCUCGCCGUCGACGCCAAGAACCUCCUGGAUGUCAUCGACCAAUCACGACUCAAGAUGAUCAGGAUUUAAUCAAGUCAGAGGAGGAGCGGUGAGCGGGCUGUUGCUGUGGAGACGGAGAGCGCAGUGACUCUCAGCCAAUCGCAAAGAGCAGAGAACAUUUGGAUGGAAAAUGAACUGAUGGACAGCAGAUGUUACUGACAAACAAUCAGCUCCUUCUUCUUCUCCCGCAUUAAAAAAAAUGCAUCGUUUUCCUUUUUCUUCUCCGGCGACUGACACGUUUUGGUCAAUAUUGUGUUUUGUACCUUUUUGUUGCAUUAUUUGCUUUUUGUAUCCAGAGAAACGCUCUCUUUCUCCCCACCCCCUUCAAUCACGUAUCCUCAAUGAUGAGUUUUUAAAAAAAAGAAAUCAUCCAUUACUACUUUUUAAUCUUUAGGUGAAUCAAACAAAGGUUUCAGAGGCUCGCUUUGAAGGACUGCAGAGAGAUUCUCGGUGAACGGACGCACCGAAAUCCGCCACAUGAACAUGACUUAACGCUCUCCACGUAUGCAGGAUGUAACAACUGGAACUGAAGAGCCAGGAUGAGGAAAAUGAUAUGAUGAUGAUGUUGUUUAAACAUGCUUUUAUAUCAUUAUUAAUUAUUGUUGUUAUUAUUGCUAUUUUCAGCCUUGACUCUUACAGUAUGUCUCUCAAAAACUUAUUGAUUUACAGCUCCUCAUAUUUUUAUCUGUUUUUUCUCAUCUUCUCUCUAGAUCUCUUUAUCUCAGGCAUCAAAGAGAUGGCAUAAAAAAAAGAUUUUUGAAGAACAAAGUAAAUGUCACAGGCCACUUUUUUUUUAAGUUAACUUAGAUAGUAAAUAUACAAAGAAGCUAUAUUUUUAACACGUUUCUGAGGCAUGAGUUGUUAGUGAAUAAGGGAAGGGGACAACGGGGGAGGGGGAGUGAAGGGAGGGAGGUCUUUGAGUUACAGUGGAGGUGCUAAACCUGUGCCAAAUGAACUGCAAUUGAAAAAAAAAAAAUGAACAUUUCACCCAAAAUGCUCUGAUAUUGGCUCACGCAAUAAUCCAACAACAUUUUUUUUUAGCAGCAGUCGUUUUUCCAUUCUUUUCUUCAAAACUGUAAAAAAAAAAAAACUUUUAUUUCUUGCUUUGUAUAUUGAAGCCAAAUUUUGUUGUUGCAUCGGUCGUGUUGUCGGUUCCUUCUAUCUUAUUUAUCUUCACGUUAAUGUUCACUCAACAAGAUGCAGUGCAGGCUUUCAGUUAGAGACCCACCUCCACAUUUCUGUCAGAUUUCCUUCAGUUUAGUCGAUCCAGGAAUCGGAUCUUCAGGGACACUUUUUCAAUAAAUUCUGGUUCAUAUUCAGAGUAAAAUAUGAUACAUCGAUAAUAGUCUGUUAGUCUUUAUUAGGGGGUGAAUUACAGUUUCAUUUACAACUAACUGGACUGAAAGUUAAUUAACCUACUGGACUUUUAUAAACCUACAGUAGGCCUUGUUCAUAUUUGCCCUCUAUCUAUCCUCCAGCAGUCCUCCUGUUUUCUUUCCCCGUCUUUCUACCUCCCUCCACUGGAGUUAUUUAUACCUUUUUUUUAUUCCCUCUCUUCUGCCACCUUCGUUACCAUCCCUCCCCUUAGCUUCGUCUUCCUCUCCUCCCUCUCUGAUUCUCUCUCCAUUCCACUGUUCCCUCUCCCCUGAGGUGAGUGGUAUUCUCAGGAAGGAGUCACAUGUACAGUUGCUAAACCAAGCAAAUAAAACACUGUUAUCGUUAAGAAAUAA